CUACCGUUUUAUACAUAGUCCAACAGUUUUUGAAUCCUUUAUUAAUUUAAAAUAUGAAUUAUUAUAGUCAGUGCUGCUGUUACAUUUCUAUGUAAAAUUAACUUUAUAAAUCAAAUCAAUAUUGCUCAUAUACAGAUUUCGAUUACACAUUAAUUUAACGCCAUAUAUAAAUUGGGCAACUACAAAUUUCUCAUCAGUUUUUUAUUAGUUAUUUAAAUGGUAUUUAGGUAUAACAGUAGUCUCUCAAUACGAGUAUAUUAUUGUAAAUAUCAUAUACGACGUAAGUACUUGGUGAUCCAAAAAUUCACAAGAGGAUAAUUAUUUUUAUAAAAUUUGCUACCUAUUUAAUAUUAAGUCUCAUGAAUUUGAACCUGAAAUCGGCUCCAAAUAAUCUAUAGGCCAACGUUUUUAUUAUUCGGCUUAUGUAUGCUACUGCUCGAACAGUUUAAAUUAUAUAAUACAAAUGCACACACAGCAGUACCGUUUAUUGUUUAACCAGUUUGUGAAUCCCUGAUUUCCGAUAAUAAUACAAAACUCGGAGUAUCAGUAUCGGCUCGACCAAAAAUACCGAGAAAAUAAACUGGUCGCCGCAACCCACGACUCCGAGGCUAAAUUCCGAUGUGAUUGUACGUAUGUUUGUUUGGUAAUAAACUGGUAGGGUUGGUACCUAUGGUGGGAGUGGGGUGGUGGUGAAACCAAUAGAAUCGUCGUUCGCCCGAUAUCAGCUGAGUGGAAACUGGAAAAACCUGGAAACCAGAACGUCAGUGCAUCGACGACGAUUCCACCCGGCAAGACAGUAGGUACAUUUACUGCCAGUUACUACAUGUAGAACUGUAUCUCCGUCAUGACGUGAUUUUUUAAAUAAUCUCAAUCAUCGGAUGAGUAUUUUCCGUGUUCAACGACACAAUUAAUACAAUUUGAGUGACACGAUAGCAGUCAAAAGAUAAGAAUCUGUCCAUUAAACAAUAUAAUUCAAGUUACGUUUAUAAUUAGCAGAAUGAAUUCCUCGAUAUCCAUACAUCUGUGGAUUUGUAUGUUGGUAUUCCUACCAUCAUGUCACAGAGGUCGAGCUCAGUUCUUUUUUAAAGAUGGUUUGAUGAUAAAUAUAACCGACUGGUACCUACAUCUAAAAACCAAAGAAAUAGAUCACCAUAUUCAAAAAGCUGUCUCCUAUAUGGAACAAAGUCAGAUGGAUGAAUAUUAUGAUGAAUCUAAGUUAAAUAUGGAUAUUGGAAGCCCGGAGUAUGGACUAUUGAUCGAAUCUCAGCUUUCCGAAGAACAUUAUUCAUUAUAUAGGCAUGCUCAAACUAUUUCUGAAGUAUCCGCCUCUAUAAGCCAUAUGGAAUGUCUAGUUGGUGGAGCACAAUGUGCCAUAGACUUAUCGAAAGUGAAACAAGACAAGACAUCUUUGGGUAAGAUUUGUUUGUCCAUGUAUUACAAAAAAACUGCAUGCAUCGGGAUGAACUUAAAGUAUCGUAGUCCUGACGGUUCUUGUAACAACUUGAAACGUUGGUACUCGGGAAAAGCAACCAUGGCUUAUAAACGUUUGCUGUUUAAUAACUAUUGGGAUAGUUUUUAUGAAUUUCAUUUUUCGAAUACCUUAACCAGUCCUAGAAGUCUGAGCGUUGCAUUUGUCAAAGACGAGCACUCACAAGAUGACUUCAAAACGAUGGCAAUGGCGUACUGGACAAUUUUUAUAGGCCAUGAUCUAUCUCACACGGCAAUGUCUAUAAUGAUGAAACGUAAUAAAUCGGUGAGCUGUUGUUCAGAUGGCCGGAACGAGCUCUCUCCUUCGCACACGCAUGAGUUGUGCAUGCAAGUGAAGAUGUCGGGUGAAGAUCCAUUUUUCAGAAACAAUAUUCGUUGUAUGAACUACGUGCGUUCGGUGCCAGCAUUGAGUUCCGAUUGUACUUUUGGACCCAAGGAACAAAUGAACCAAGCUACUCAUUAUUUAGAUGGGUCGAUGAUAUACGGUUCGUCGGCGAAACGGACGUGGUCGUUGAGGACCAACUCGGGCGGCCAACUAUUGACAAGCAUGUCCUUCGAUAUCGAGAGACAAAGCGACCCGGUACAGUCGCAGUAUAUGCCGCUGGAAGACACCGAAUCAAACGCCUGUCAGUAUGGCAGUGGUACUUGUUAUAGGGCAGGUGAUAUCCGGGCAAACGCGCUUCCCCAACUGACGGUCAUGCACACAUUGUGGAUGAGGGAACACAACCGGUUGGCCAAACUACUGUCACAAGUCAACCCGCACUGGGACGACGAACGUAUUUUUCAGGAGGCCAGGAAAAUCGUUACAGCAUCCAUACAACACAUCACUUACGCUGAGUGGCUGCCAGCGCUGCUCGGGGAAAACUACACCAAGCGGAACGGUCUUGAACCGUCGACAAAAGGCUACAGUAACGCGUACAACGAGACCACCGACCCGAGCGUCAGCAACAGCUUUGCAACCGCAGUAUUACCGUUCGCUAAUUCCAUGAUUAGCGACACCAUAAGUUUAUAUACGGAAGGCCGAGUGAUCAACGCAAAUCUUUCGCUGAAGGAACAUUACAACCGACCAACUGGUUUACUAUUAAAUUACAUGGAUCAGCUUGUCAGAGGGAUAUCUACGCAGAAUACACAAAAAAUCGAUAUGCUAUUUACUCAAACGCUUACAAAUUACUUAAACAGUGUUCAUCCAAACAACUUGUUUGGAAUGGACAUUGUCAGCUUGAACAUACAACGAAGCCGCGAUCAUGGUUUACCAAGCUACACAGAAUUUAGAAAAUAUUGUCGACUAAAAGCUAUAAGAAGUGUACACGAUUUAUCCCGGAUCAUGGUUGAAGGGUCAACUGAUAGACUAUUGAAACAAUACAAUCAUUGGAGAGAUAUAGAUCUAUUUGUAGGUUUAUUGUUUGAGAAACACGAAGACGACUCAAUGGUUGGCCCAACGAUGAGAUGUAUCAUUAGAGAACAGUUUAUAAGAACUAAAAUAGCAGAUAGAUAUUUUUACGAUUUACCAAAUAUAUUCAAUGAAUAUCAACUGACAGAAAUCAGAAAAGUGACGCUUGCCAGAAUCUUUUGUGAUAACAGUAAUAAUGUCACAAUGAUGCAGAAAAAAGUAUUUUUGAUACCUGAAAUGGCUGAUUUGCACCUCUGUAGUUCCCAAUUAAUUCCAAAAAUCAACAUCAAUCACUGGUCAGAAAUGGUCGAUACAUUUCAAAAAUAACCUCGUGUAAAUGAGAAAUCAUUGAUGUAUUUAUUUAUAAUGUAUUAUUGUUGAAAAACAAUAUUAACAGGUGU